AUGGGUAACGCUGAUUGCUUACCACCAAGAGAUCCAAUUAAGCUCGCUUACCGCCCUACUCCAAAACAAAAGUAUGCGAAGGACAGCACGCGACCGCCGCGCGCCAGUACCGGAUUGAUUGCCAUUGCUCCGAUAUUGAUUUUCCGGAUAAGGCGCACGCUCUACCUGUGUAUGGCCAGCACUGCUAGUGCGGCGCUCAGCUGGAUCGGACUAACGAUGAUUACCAAGCAACUGUGGUAUUUGACAAAAAUCCUAAAAACUGUUAUCUCCGCGAAGACGUUUUUGUUCCUGCGUUUGUUGGGAGGGCACUAUUCCAAGAUCUCUUCCAACAGACUGGUGUGUGCCGUCGGUGUCGUCUACUGCACCAUGUUCAGCGUGUACGAGGCCAUGCACAUGCUGGAGUUACUCGCCCGGAAUAUGACGCCGACCUCGAUACAAAGAAUAUCAUCGGUUACUCUGUACUUGUCCAGCGUGGUCACCUCGCUCAGGUAUCCCGAAUAUUUCCAAGUAUAUCUAAGUGACAUGGCCGACAUAGACAUUUUACUGCGGGGGAAAUCGGAACUGGAUAUACCAUUCACCCGGUUCUUGUUUUUAGCAAUUCUAGUGACUCAGGUCAGCUUAGUAGGUCCAUACAUUAUCCUAGGGUACUUGGAGAAUGAAGAAAAAAUACAAGUUUCGAAUUUCUUAUUUGUGGGCUAUUUUGUGUUGCAAUGUGGAAUUAUUUAUUUAACGGCUAUUAUGGUGUUCGAAAUAUUGUGGUAUAGAGUGAGAAAAUUCAGAGAAUAUUUGGAAAAGCACUUGCUGCAGCUGUGCAGGGCUCAGGACGAACGGACCGCGGCUGACGAUAUCUACAAGUGCAUGCUGCUCUACCAAACCAUCCUGGAAGCUUUUAAGAAGACGAACGCUCCCACCAAAACUGCAAUACUGAUGGCCACGACGAUAAGUUUCUGUAAGGUUCUUGCUGGAGUUUUCGACCUUAUUUCUUCUACGAACACUCACAUAAAACUGCUGCGGGUUCACGAGUCGUUGUUAGACGGGGUGCUGCCACUGGUGCCGGCUAUGUUGGCCGCGUUCAUACAGGGCGAGCUUAACCGCAUCAAGCUCUUCAUUGGCAACCUGAUACUAAAUGCUAACGAAGAGAGCGUGCACGACGCGCUGCGCGACUGCCAGCUGUAUCUGGAGCAUCGGCCCUUCAAAUACUCCGUGUGCAGGCUGUACACCGUCGACCUGAGCCUUGUCAUCACCAUCAUCAACCUCUACGUCACCUCCCUCAUCGCCAUGAUACAGUUCUCUCACUUUUAUAAUUGA